AUGCUGUCUUUGUCCACCCCCCUCACCCAGCCUCUGGCCCAAUGCUCCGGCCCUCAGCCGUAUGAUCUGCAAGAUCUUGUCCGCGAUAUCAAGUCGCACCUCGGCCAAACUGGGGGGAUCGAUGCUGCUCUCAACACAGACUAUUUGGUAUCUCUUAUGGAGAAGUAUACCUCGAAUCCUGAUGACUGGAUUCAAUUCUUCCACAACGAUACAAGCAAGAAUUAUACGCGGAAUACUAUCGAGAACAUCAAUUCCAAAGCCAACAUUCUAUUACUUGUCUGGAACCCAACAAAAGGCUCCCCAGUGCACGACCAUGCCAACGCCCACUGCGUUAUGAAAGUUCUGGCUGGCGAGUUAAUGGAAACGGUGUAUCAUACGCCAGAGAGCGCCGUCGACAAGUCGGGACCGCUUCAGCUGAAGUCGCAGACUCUGCACCCGAUGGACGCGGUCACGUAUAUCUCGGAUGAUAUUGGCCUUCAUCGCGUGCACAACCCCAAUCCUAAUCAGGUCGCUGUUUCUCUACAUUUGUACACUCCGCCAAAUGCUGCAGAUUAUGGCUAUCAUAUCUUCGACGAAACCACGGGCAAGGCGUAUUUUGUUCCGCAGGCUCGGGCUUUCCUGAAGCCUGAGUCGUCUGAUUGCAAGGCCUAG